GAUAACACAUGUAUCGCGAAUAUCGAUGUUUUAUCAAAUCGAUACCAUUAGCAUCGAAGUGUAUCGAAAUAAGCAGCCGGUCUUUUGUUUAUUAUACAUUUUUAAUUCGUAGCUAUGAACGACGAGGAAAUCAUCAAGCAGCGUUUGCUAAUCGAUGGCGAUGGCACAGGCGAAGACCGCAGGCUGAACAUGCUUCUAAAGCAGUUUCUCAAAUGGGCAAACUCGAAGAACGACUCCCCAGAGACCAACCAAAUAAUGUAUGAUCGUCUCAUGGCGCAGCUGGCGCAAUGUCAAUUUGCUGCCUUGAAAAAUGUGCACACGCUGAACAUGAUAAAGGAGGAGCAGGGAAACUACAGUAAACUGGCAGAAAAGCACCAGGAAAGCAUUGAAAUCGCCAAGGAGGAGAUCGAGGCGAGCAAAAAAGAACUAAUUGUCGCAAAGGAAUUGCGUAAGAAUAAGAUGGAAUACGAUUUGCUGGCCUCUCUCAUUGAAGAGCAGCCGAAUCGCAAGGGAACCGAGAAACAAAUAGAAACCAUCAAAAAGGAGAUUGACAAACUGACACAGAAGAAGCUAAAGAUGGAACAAAAGUUCGAGAAGCGGCGGAACGACUUUACGCUCCUUAUGUACACAAUACACGAGCUGGAGCAGCAGCUGGAAGAGGAAAACAGUUCCGGAUCGUCAUCAUCGUCCAGUGAAAGUGACGUUGCAUCGGAAUGCAAUGACAACAAUGGCAUCAUGGAGGUCAGCGACGAGGAUGACGAUGAGCUUAACAACGGAGGACCGACCAAGUUCGAUGGCAAUCGCGGCAAACUAAAGGAAAACUCGGCAUCAACGGAAAACUCAAAGGAGCCCAUUUCCAUGUCUGUCGACGAAGAUGCUGUGCUGGAACUCAGCAUUGAAAAGGAUGACCAUGACGAUGUAGCUGUGGCCAGUUAAACCUUGUACUCAUAAUUCAAUUAAAAACAACAUUUAUAUAUUCACAUUGUAUAUAUACAAAUUGUAUUACAGAAAUAGUUGUCUAAGUAGAUUA